CACACUUUCCAACUGAUGUACGGCUGUGAGCUCCGGGAUGACGGCUCCAUUGGGGGGUUUAGCCAGUAUGCCUACGAUGGGCGCGACUUCAUCAGCCUGGAUAAGGACCAGGAGACCUGGGUGGCGGCAGAUGUCGGGGCUCAGGUCACCAAACACAAAUGGGAGGCUGAGAGGAGCAUCGCUCAGCAGUGGAAGGGCUACCUGGAUCAGGAGUGCAUCGAGUGGCUGGGGAAGUACCUGGAGUACGGGAAGGAGACGCUGCAGAGGAGAGAGCCACCGCAGGUGCACGUGAGCGACCGGCCGAGCCGGGACGGGGGUCUCACCACCCUCUCCUGCCGGGUCCACGGUUUCUACCCACGGAACGUGGCCGUCGUGUGGCUGAAGAAGGGGGUGGCCGUGCCGCAGGAGACAAUCCAAUGGGGGGUGGUUCCCAGCGGGGACGGGACCUACCAGACCCGGGCCAGCAUCGAGAUCGACCCCAGCAGUGAGACCGAUUAUACCUGCUGUGUGGAGCACCCCAGCCUGGUGGAGGAUCUGAGAGUGCCCUGGGGGCCCAAGUCCAACGUGAUGCUGAUCGUGGGUGUCGUUAUCGGGGUUCUCGUGCUGGUCGCUGCCAUCGCUGGAGCUGUUGUCUUCCUCAGGAAGAAGAACGGCGGCUACAAAGCGGCUGCAGCUCACGACGGCUCUGCCAGCUCCGGAAGCGACCAGGGAUUGGACACCUCUGCCAAGGCGUAACGGAGCCCGUCGGCCCCUGUGCAGCCGGCUGGGGGGAUCCCAGACGUGAGGGGAGAGACCGGAGCAGAUCAGGCUCCUGGGAAUGCAACAGCUCAUCAGCACCUUCCGCCACCUGCUUAAAGCCCUUUGCCUUGAUUGUACCCGAGCUAAACGCCCGCCUGUGAGACAGCAACUGCAGCUUUCACUUUAGAAUUGAAACCUCCGUGGCUGCAGCCUGCCAGGGAUGGUCGGGGUCGCUUAUUGUUUGAUUUCUACACAACUAUCUUGUUUUGAAAAAAUGAAAACUUGUAUCGCUGAAGAUCUUGUUUGUAUAGAAAAAUAACCAGGGUUGGCUGGACUGAAUUGUUAGCGUAGUGCAGUACCCAGCACCUACUGUUCUGUUCGCUUUG